AUGUCGUUGCUUAAGAGAGGCAGUCCAGAAGAUAAAGGACAACAAUGCCAGAAGAAUCACAACGUUAUAGUGGUAGGAAAUAGCGAAAUGGGCAAAUUGUUUUCACCUGGAAGUUUCUUUAGUAUAGAAACAGUCGAUAAAGCUCGCACUCAAAUUGUCAUCUAUGUGGACGAAUUCAUUGAAAAGGAACUCAAAGAAGUAGUUAUAUCGGUUGAACGUUCCCUUCUUGGCGAAUCUCUUUCAAAGACGUUUACCUCAACAGGCGGUGUGUCAGUUUUAGCUGAAAAGAAGAAGAUUGAAGAGGUCACCUUGGAUAAUAUUCAACUAACUUUCAAAGAGUUGUACAUGAGCCGAGCAGAUAUGUGGCGCUAUAGAUCCAGACUGAUAAACACUUGUGCCUAUACUCGACAAAACAGCGUUCUUAUAUACAUCCAAAUGAGUUCAGAAAUGUGGCAGCUGGAUCCUCAGGGUGACCUUUAUUUUGAAAAAUGUGUCAAAGGGUUUAUGGCGGAACUGUUCUCGAAGUGGUAUCUAAACUCUAGCGCCCACUAUGUUUCCAUCAUUCUGUGCUCUCGAUUUUAUCUUCUGGGUGAGCCUGACAAAGAGGUUGAAGAGCUGCUUGGCCCCACUGCUCGUGAUCAUCGGGGACGUUAUUUUCAGGACUUCUAUCGUCUUUUGGUCCAAAAUGAACACUAUGAAGAUUGGAGCCACGUUCUUUCAACGAUAAAACUAUCAUUCAACAAAUACCAGGACACGAUACAAGAAGUGUUGGCCGCCAAUUACCCCAGCCUGAAAGGAAGGUGGGAAAUCUCAACAGCCGCUGAUGGCAACUUUCUGCAAGUGCUGAAUAUGAGCAUGAACUCGUUCAAUGUUUAUCAUACAGAUAGGAGGUUUGAGACAACUGGUCAACAGAUCAUCUUUGUGACUCCUGGUGGUGGUGUCUUAAAUGUGGAUCGAGAGAUGGUGAACAUGACAAAGCAGCGAAUCAUUGAUAUGGGCAUUUCACUCGAUAUGGUGUGUUUGGGAGAGCAACCAUUGCACGCGGUACCACUGUUUGUGUUUCAUAAUCGCUGGACGUCGUCUCAACCGUUUGAAGACUAUUUUAUUCCGCAUUGGAUGAAUUACUCUUAUUAUCGGAUGAGCAAACGAAGUGCCAUAUCGAUCAACUUUCGCCCACGUAUUAAUCUGCCCAAUGUGAUGUUGUCUGCUCCACGCACGUUGGUGAUGAAUGGCGAAACUGUGCAACAUUGUGAUAUGCACGCCUAUGACAAUGAAGCGUUUUCCAAGUUACUCACGCAGACCAGGUUUGGCGAAAAAGGUAAAAGUCAGCAGGCUGUGGACGAAUUACGUAAGGAGCUGGGACUGCCGCCGGUUCAAGCUGAACCGAUAACAUACCCUCCUUACGAAAGAUCGCUCUCAGCUCGAGUUGGUCCGAGCUCGUUGGAUAACGGAGGGUGUGCUAUAUCAAUGCGAAAUGCUGUGGAGAGUGGGUCAUUUGAGCAGAAGCGUUUUGUUGGAGGUGAGACGGAGGCGAUUGGAGGAGAAAGAGCGUAUUCGCUCAACCAACCAAAUAACAAGCGUGGCCCAGCGUUUGGAAAUCGUCGUGGUUUGGGAUCGCACGUUGAAGCUGUUCCGCAUCGAUCGUUAAUUAAUCCAUUUCGACCGGAUCAAUUUUAUGUUAGAAUCACAGCGAAUCGACGUCGAUGGAUUCAUGUUUUCCCGGUUGAUGAAAUGGGUCGCUCCAAGCUUGCUCACCACUACGUUGAUGGCACGAGCACAGUGCACAUAAAUAUGAUAGACGAAGCUCCACCAGUCGGUAAUGAACUCGAAAAGAAAUUGCGCGAAAACGGUGUCGUAGGUUCACCAUCUCGUCGUAUUGAACGUCCUGAAUCUCCAUUGAUUUCGAAUGGACAGCCUUCUGAAAGUACAACAAGUACUGCUACUGUUAAUAUGAAGAACGACGACUUCACACCUGUCCGAAGAGUGGGUGAGGCUAAAAAAGAACAAACGCGCGUAUGGGCGUGGGGAUCAACCGGCGAAGAGAAGUGGAAUCCCGAUAUGGAAAUCGGCAUGGAUUGGAAAUCUCUUGUUAGAUCUGCUCUACUCCCUAUCACAACUGAUUAUUUUCCUGAUCGACUGACUCUUAUAAGCGACUACCUAUAUACCGAACAUCAAAUUUCUGUUGUACAAGAGCACGUAGCCAUCAAACAAAGUUUCUUCGCUCCCAUCACUACGGAACAGACUGAGAUUGUUCAUCGUCUAGUGCUGACAGGAUCUGAUAUCACAGUGACAGUGUUUUAUCCGAAGAGGAGCCGUGAAGCGGAAUCGAGUCCAUCUCCUUCGAUGCAGCCGUACUCGUACUUCUUCCAGGUACCCGUCUACCCCAACAGUCAUCUCGUGCCAUGCCAGGUGCCCGAUGCUCAGUGCUAUGAACGCAGUACGACUAGUUUCAAGCCGCACAACCUAGACAAGUUGAAUUGGAGCUUGCUGGACUGUAAUAUAAAGUACCGCAACAAUUCUCAAAUGUUCAAAGAAGAGAUGAAGAGCUAUUCUUCGAGGUUCAUGAUGGUUCCACAACCAGAAGUUCAAAACAUAGUACAGCGUAUGCUGUCUGAACAUCUGCCAGGAGCUUCUUUUCGAUCAGUUGAAGGCAGAUCGCGUUCCCCACUCCUCUACGACAGUAUGAUAAGAGUACUUCUUCAAAUCAAUCGACUUGUUCGUCCCCCAAUUUCCUCACCAGCUGCCAAUGUUACUCAACGCUGUUUGCUUCCGAAGCCGGAGCUCACGGUGGCCAAUUAUGAACAGUCCGGGUGCGCAUUCAAAACAGAAGUGGCGUUGUUGGGCAUGACCAGUCAAAAUUCCCGCUGCCUGUCGAUCCGCCCUAAACAUGUAUUUAUGUCGUACACUUUUGUGAACUGGCUCACCGCUGGUAACGUGAAAGAGUUGGCGACGCGUGAAAGUGCAAUUAAAUUUGCCAAUGAGUUGGUAGAAAUGGAAGCGAUACAAAUUGUCCGUGCAACUGAUGUCGAAUAUGAUGAAUUGGAGUCGUGCAUUUCAUCGGAAUCUGAGGCACGACUUUUCCGUUACGGUUUCCAGUUGUGCGCUUUUGUCGAUAAUGAACGUGACCACCCGCCCUAUAGUCGAUGGAUGAGAGUUGAGUUCAUUCCCAAAUGUGAAUCAUUGGGUCCUCUUACUGAGUGCAAAUUCAAGCAAGCAGCAAUUGAUCUGGAUUUUGCUCCUCGUGAUCCAUGUCCGUUAGGUGAAUGGGGAAGGGUAGUGUACGACAGAUCUUUCUGCGAGCAGAAGGCCUUUGAACUGAGUAUCAAAUGGUUUAUGGCCACCGGUCAGACGGUUGCAGAUACUGUUUAUACAUGGCAGUCUAAGAUUUCGAAGGAAAAGUUCUUCUUGUUCCCUGUACCUGAAGAUCCCAUUGCGCUUCCGAAAGACCUGAACUCAAAUCCACUUCGCUUGUCCUAUUCGUGUUCAAGUUCAACAAGAUGUUGUUCCGAAUCAUAUGAUUUCAUUCAGUUGGAGCAAACCCUACAGCAUCUUCUGUUCUGCUUUGGUUUUUGCGCUAUGGAAUGUUCAGUGGAGCACGCAAUGGCAACACGAAGCUCUUCGUUCUCGAGUAGAGAGGCGUCUUUUGGUGAGUCGUUUGAAAUCAGUCUAGAAAGCAAGCCGUGGGAUUGUUCAUCACUUUACAUGCAUCAAACCGGCGGUAUGUUUGUCUCGUUGGAACGUCCAGCUGACAAACCAAUGUUUUUCUUUUGGGCGUGGAAUCAUAUGCUCACGAAGAAGUACAGGCAGGAUAGUUAUUAUACGCACUACUUGUUAGGGUCCAAAGAAGCCAAUAUGAAGUAUGCGCAACUAGUAAUGGGUCCUGCUGGAAGUGGCAAAGUGGUCACAUACUGCUCAGUCAUAUACAAUCACUGCCAAAGCAUUGGGCGUUUUGUGCAAGUGGUGAAUCUCGAUCCCGCCGCUGAAACAUUCAACUAUCCUGCAACGGCUGAUGUGCGCGCGUUGAUCAGUGUCGACGACGUUAUGGAGGAUAAAGAGCUGGCACUGGGUCCGAAUGGCGCUCUCGUUUUCUGCAUGGAAUAUCUGGUUCAAAAUUUGGAAUGGCUCCACGAUGAGUUAUGUGAGGGCGAAGACGACUACUUUAUUUUUGAUUGCCCAGGGCAGAUUGAACUGUACAGUCAUUUACCUAUCAUGCGGCAACUGGUUGAUGCGUUCAGGGCGUGGGACUUCAACGUGUGCUCAGUUUUCCUGAUUGAUACUCACUUUGUGCUGGAGGCUGAGAAGUUUAUCGCUGGUGCACUUACGGCUCUAUCCGCAAUGGUGGCAAUUGAGACGCCAUGUGUGAAUGUGCUUACAAAGAUGGAUCUACUCAGAGAGACAAACUUUGUAUCGAUCACAAUAUGCUCGGCUGAAAAAUUAGCGUUCACUGCAUUAGUGUUCCCGUUGGGUUGGCAGACCACUAAACUUAAUGUAGACGAUUUUCUCGAAACAGACACACGAAGUAUAGUUGAACAUGAUACACCACACAUGUGGAAUGAACGGCAUCGCCAGCUGACUAGGACUAUAGCACAGGUGCUCGAGGACUAUUCUAUAGUUAAAUUUGUGGCGUUAAAUUCCGACGAUGAAGAGAGUAUAGAGCAGUUGCUGCUUGUCAUUGACACAACAAUUCAGUAUGGCGAGGAUUUGGAGGUGAAGGAUAGGUAUCCUGAAGAGCAAGAUCCAGAAGACGAGAAUUACGCAUAA